AUGGCGAAUCUUCCACUUCCUAGCGUCGAGUCCUUGGCCGACUGCACUUCCUUCCAACUUACCGUUCUACCCUAUCUCUCGCAGCUGCAAUGGCUCCCCGCCAGCUUACGCGAAGCUGGCCUAGAUCUCGGUAGCUUGAAGGAGGUUUACCUCGCCACCAACCCUUUAGUUUCCGCCAUCGCAUUUGGAUCUGUCCUAGCUGGGAUCUUCUUCCUAGCUGCUGAGAUCAAUCGGAACUAUUCGCAAGUGGAUCGAUUCUGGAGCAUUCUACCUGCAGUGUACAACGUGCAUUUCGCCGCGUGGGCGCGUCUGGCUGGUAUUCGCACCCAGACCUUGGAUACUAUUGCCGCCAUCAGCGUGCUAUGGAGCAUCCGUUUGACCUUCAAUUACUGGCGUAAAGGUGGCUACACUAUCGGCUCCGAGGAUUACCGCUGGCAGAUUGUGCGCUCAAGGGUGAACAACAACUUCCUCUUCACAAUCUUCAACUUCAGUUUCAUUGCUCUGGCGCAAUCCGCGCUGCUACUUCUCAUCACUGCCCCAUCCUACGUCUUUGUGCUUGUGGCGCACAGCCAAGGUGCUGACACUUUCGGUCUCCCCGAUCUAGCUUUCUCUCGUGCUGCUUUCUUCUUUAUCAUCAUUGAAUACUUCGCCGAUCAGCAACAGUGGGAUUUCCAAGGCGCCAAGCAAGAGUACCAGCAGAACGCUCGCAUCUCUGCGCCCAACAAGGAGCGCUACAGCCCCGAGGACCUUGAGCGCGGUUUUGUGAUUAGUGGACUCUGGUCAUGGUCGCGCCACCCUAACUUUGUCGCUGAGCAGGCCGUCUGGUUGACCUUGUACAUCUGGUCCGCUUUCAGCACUGGAAACUACUUCCAGUGGACUGCACUUGGUGUUGUGGGCUACUUAGCUAUCUUCCAGGGUAGCACGCGUCUCACUGAGUCUAUCAGUGCAAGCAAGUACCCGGAGUAUAGCGAGUAUCAAGCUCGUGUGGGCCGAUUUCUACCCCGCUAUUCUGUCAAGGCCAAGACUGUCUCCAAGAGGGCAGAUGAGAAGAAGAGCAAAUAA